AUGUGGCCCAACUGCCACGCGAAUACGAGGCGGACGAUGUCGGCGCUGUCACUCGUGCACGCCUUCCACUGCACACGCGACGUCUGCCCCGACUCGGCCUGCGCAGAGGCCAAGCAGAUGCUCCGCUUUGUCGAGGCCCAUGUCGCUGACUGCCAUUUGCGGACGCGGGAACGCGAUGCCCCGGAUGGAGUCCCGGCGGAGUGCAAGACGUGCCGGCUAUGGGCUGCACUGCACCGCACUCGUCUCGUCUCGGCGACGCGAACCACCGCUGGCUCGGAGAUGUGCGCUGAGGCAAAGCCAGAGAUGAGGCGUUUGCUGCACCGGCACGUCGCGAGCUGCAAGCACGACAAUUGCGCCACCUGCCAGAAGCUGCGCCGGCUCGGCCGCAUCGGUCUGCUCCGCUCCCUGUCGACCCUCCCCGCGCUCCCACCCGCGAGGGCCGACUUUGCGCCGCCGCCCGCGCCAUGCCCAAACGAGUCGUGCGCCAUCUGUUUCGAGCAGCUCGGCGAGCAGGGGCCGCACUGGACGUGCUCAGUGUGCAACCACGCGCUACACUCGGACUGCUGGUCGCGUUGGGCGAUUCAGACGCCCACCGCCACCGCCACAUGCCCGCUCUGUCGCUCCGCUGCCUCCUUCCGUCGCUACGACUGA